CCGUUUAAGUACUUGGCAGAUUUGCACAUUGGAACUUCAGUAUUUGGACAUGUAUGCAUUAUUAUAUUCAAGGUUCUUGGGUGUUGGCUCGACCUGUUUAGGCUGGAUUUUGGAGUUUGCUUUGUGGUCUUUCCAACAUCUGUUUUCUUAGUCAAUGCCGAAAUUGUUUCUAUGGGAGGAGCUGUUGAAAGUGGAGUUGGUAUUGCAGAUAUAACUUCUCCCAGGCGAGCAGAAAUCGAGGAGAGUCGUGCAGAGCUCAGUGAAGCAAAAGGUAGUUUUGCAUUUACUGCAUCACCUCAUGGAGACUCUGUGGAAAGUAGUGGUAGACUUGGGACGAAUCCUUGUGAACCCAAUAGUGCAGAUAAUCUUAUGUUAUUUGAUGCUGAACGUGAGUUAUCUGAGGGCAAUAGGGGAUCAUCACAUCCUAGUAGGAGUAACAUAGUUUCAUCAGAAAAAUUAUCUGAUGCUAGUGGUUACCGCAGAAUUGGGGAACAUGGGGAUUCAACUAUGUUUGACCUCCACAGAAAAGCGUAUAAGAGGCGGUACAGGUCCCGCAUAAAUCGUGAUGGAACUAGGCCAAGUUCAGCUGAUGUAAAUCAAGCACAUGGCAGUCGUGGCUCUUCUUUACCUUCUUUUCAUGAACCCAAGGAUGCUAAAGGGUUCUUAUCUGAUGUAGAAAACCCAAUUAUAUUAUCAAAUUCUCGUUGUAAGUCUACAAGUCAAGUAGAUGAUACCAGUCACAAGACCGGAUUGGCAAAGAGUCAGCAGUAUAUGGAGUUAGAUGGCUUAAAGGCUGGAGAACCAACUAAGGACCUAACAGAAGUUCGUCCAUUGAAUUCAGCAUCAGAAGCUAUUGCUUGUAAAAUACAACUCCAUGAUGAAGAUAACCGGCAAUCUCCCUCGGAUGUUCCAAGAACUUCUAUUCAUAUGGAUUCAGAAGGACCCGAGACCAUUCCGGCAAUGGAAAGGGUGACUUCUGCGGAUAUUGAGUUUCAGCCAGGUGUGACUGCAAAAAAAAUUGACAAUAAAUUUGGCACUCACAAGAUGAAUGGUUUCAGCAGCAAUAAGGGUGAAGGAACGGGAAAUGAUGCUCACAUCAGUGCCUCAUGCGACAUGAAGGGAUUGGAUUCUGAGUCCUCUUGCACUAGAACCAGCAGAAGUAUUGAUGGAGCUAAUGAUGCUAAUACUACUAAAAUCAUGAGUACUGACUCAAAUGAACAGAUUAAAGAUCAAAUCCCAUUAUCAGACAAGGUUCUAGUUCUUGGAGGUGAUGAGUCAGUGAAAGAAAAGAAAGUGAGUGGAACUGGCAGUUUCACUCCUGUCACUGUGGAGAGCUCUGUUGCAUGUCAAACCAAGCAAGAGGAUGGAGUUAAACUCCAACCGGAGGAAGAGUUGAAUGAAAAUGGACCUGCUUUGAAAGACGAGGGGAAAGACCCAACUGUUAAUGACGUAAUGGGAACUCGUAAACUUACUGAAUCAGACUCAGGGAGAAAAUCUGCUGACCCUUCAGUUGACCAAGCUGGCCGCAAUGAUGACAGAUCUUUCUCUCUUAAGCAUCAGGAUUCUACUGAAAUCUCAAAUCCAGAUUUUUUGGUGGUUUCUGCUGCUCCCAUUGAGGCUCAAACGUCAACCGGGUCUGAUCCGAAACCGACAAGUACAAUUGAUGAAGACUCAAUUUUGAAAGAAGCAAAAAUCAUAGAGGCAAAGCGAAAGAGGAUAGCUGAGUUGUCUGUUGCAAACUCCCCAAAGAAAAUCCGUCUUAAAUCUCAUUGGGAUUAUGUGCUUGAAGAAAUGGCAUGGUUAGCAAAUGAUUUCACACAGGAGCGUAUUUGGAAAAUGGCUGCUGCAGCUCAAACGAGUUCUAGGGCUGCUUUUGCUUGUUGUGUGAGAAAACGGGAUAAUAGCUUUCACUUGGAGGCAAAGAAAGUUGCUCACUCCUUGGCAAAAUCUGUCAUGGAGUUCUGGCAAUCAGUUGAGGAGAAAAGCAAAGUACUGGAUCAGCAGGGACAAGGAGAGGAAGAACAUUCUGUUCAGGCCUACGCAACGAGAUUUCAAAAGUACAAAAAUUUCAAUGUUGUCUUCAACCCAGUUGAGUUGCCACUGACACCAGAUGGAGCAUCUGAUAUGGGAACCCUUGACCCCUCAUGGAAUGAAAAUUUGAUGGAAGAUAAUCUCUUCUACCGAGUCCUUCCAGGAACCAUGGAGAUCUAUAGAAGUUCAGUUGAAGCACAUGUGGCCCAGUUCCAGACUGAAAUUCUUUAUGCACUUGUUCAGAGAAUAGCGCCUGCUGUGAUAGAGGAAGUAGAAACAUCUACAUGCGAUGCAGCUGCAGGCUUUGAUUCUCAAAAUAAUGGAGUGGUGGAUGAGAGGGAAACAAACACAUAUGACAUCUCAAUUGAAGAUAGCAAGAAUUGUGGAUUUGGCCAAAAGAAGCAGAAACACUUGAUGCACGCAUAUGGUGCCAGACCAUAUGAAGUCUCUGAUAUAUCACAAAUGCAGGGCGCUGAAAACAAAGUAGUGCAUCAAUCUGCUUUACUGGCCAAACGGCCAGGUGGCAAUCUGAAUGCAUCAAUCCCAACAAAACGUGUCCGAACUGCUUCUAGGAGAGUUGUAAGCCCUUUUAGUGUAGGAACAUCAGGAUUUCAGGCAAAUAAAACAGAUGCUUCAAGUGGUGAUACCAAUUCUUAUCAGGAUGAUCAGAGUACCCUGCAAGGGGGUGCACAUGCUCCAUAUAAUGUGGAAGUUGAAUCAGCUGUGAAGUUUGAGAAAGCAUAUGGAUCUGCAGAAGUAUUGAUGAAGCAUAGGAGGAAGAAGAAGAAGAAGAAAGCAAAGCAUCUGAAUGCUGCAUAUGAACCGAGAUGGCAGGCUGAUUCUAUGAUUCAAAAUGAGCAGAGAGAUAACUUGAGGAAGAGUCAUCUACAUGAAUCUAAUUGCAGCAGUGGUUUAUUGGGUAAACCCAUGGCAAAGAAGCAGAAAACUAUGCGUCAAUCACAAGAUAACUCUUUUGAGAAUAUUACAGCAUUUGGUGGGUCUGUACCUUCUCCAGUGACUUCCCAAAUGAGUAACAUGUCCAAUCCAAAUAAAUUUAUUAAAAUGCUUGGUGGACGGGAUCGGGGUAGGAAACAGAAGCUUCUGAAGAUGUCUGCUGGACCACCAGGUUCAGGAAGUCCAUGGACACUCUUUGAAGACCAGGCCCUUGUUGUCCUUGCGCAUGACCUGGGCCCAAAUUGGGAGCUCGUCAGUGAUGCUAUUAACAAUACUCUUCAGUUCAAGCAGUGCAUAUUUCGGAAAGCUAAGGAGUGCAAAGAGAGACACAAUUUUUUGAUGGAUAGAACUUCUGGUGAUGGAGCAGAUAGUGCCGAAGAUUCUGGAUCUUCUCAACCUUAUCCUUCUACUUUACCUGGAAUUCCCAAGGGAAGUGCGAGACAGUUAUUUCAACGUCUGCAGGGGCCAAUGGAGGAAGAUACCCUCAAAUCUCACUUUGAGAAGAUCAUCAUUAUUGGUCAGAAACAACAUUACCACAAAACUCAGAAUGAUAACCAGGAUCCAAAACAACUCCAGCAACCGCAUAGUUCUCACGCAAUUGCUCUUUCCCAAGUUUGUCCGAAUAACUUGAAUGGAGGACCCAUUUUAACCCCUCUGGACCUGUGCGACUCCACCAUUGCUGGGAAUGAUAUGCUUCCUCUUGGGUAUCAAGGGCCGCACUCUAGUGGAUUAGCCAUUCCAAAUCAAGGAAUUGUGACUCCAAUGCAUUCUGCAUCUGGCCCCACUUCAUCAUUGCAAGGGUCCCCCUCUAUGAUAGCAGGCAGUAACUUCUCGUCAUCUUCCUCGUCUCUCAAUUCUUCAGUCAGAGAUGCUAGAUAUGGGCCUCCGAGACCUGCACCAACAAUGGCUGACGAGCAGCAGAGGAUGAAUCAAUAUAAUCAGAUGCUCUCUGCCAGGAAUGUGGCUCAACCUAACACUUCUUCUCCUGGUGCUCUUACGGGGGCCGAACGUGGCAUGGGUUUAGUGAGUGGUGGUAGCAGAGGUAUGCCGAUGGCGAGACCCAGUUUUCAAGGGAUUGCAUCGCCACCUGUUGUCAAUUCUGGAAGUAAAGUCUUUCCUGGUAUAUCAUCACCAAAUAUGCAUUCUGGAGUGGGCUCUGGUCCAGCAGGAAGCUCGAUGUUGAGGCCUCGUGAAGCUUUGCACAUGAUGCGAGAUUCACAGAGGCCAAUGAUGCCUGCUGACCUUCAAAUGCAGUCUCCACCCGUAAACAGCCAAAUUCCCCGCCACAUAAGUCAGUCGAGUUCCCCUUUCCCUAACCAGACCAUAUCUCCACCAGUGCCAUCAUACCCUCUCCACCAUCCAUUAUCUCCCCAGCAGCUUCAGUCCCUUAGUCCACGUCAUCACCCACAUUUCCCAGGGCCCACUGCCAAUCACACCUCCAGCCCUCAGCAGCAAGCUCACGCAAUGCGCCUGGCUAAAGAGAAAAAACAGCAAAAUCGUAUCCUUCAGCAGCCACAAAGCAACCCAUCAAAUUCUGUGACCCCCCAACAUACCUUGCAAAAUAAUCCGCAACUUCAGCCUCAGACAGUCUCCCCACCAGUGUCAAUUUCCCCAAUGAAUUCAUCGAAACAGCAAGCUCCCGCUCAAGGAGCUGCACGUAAUGCACCAGCUGGCGGGACCAAUCUCACCAGCAAGCAACGACAAAGGCAGCAACAGAACCAGUUGUCGCAAGCCAACAGGCCACAUCCUCAACAGAGGCAACAAACACAAUCCCAACAACUGGUUAAUAAUAAUAAUAACGUGGCUAAGGGAGUCGGGAGAGGGAACCCGGUGGCCCACCCGAAUAACAUGAUCGACCGUGGCCUCGUAAACGGGGUUUCUACAAGUCCCGUCCAAUUUGUGCCUGCACAAAAAGCGAAGAAUUUACAUUCAUUGUCCUCUAUUACAGAUAAGAGCAAUUUAGGCCAUGUCCCGGUGGCUUGUUCGAACAGCCAGCAGACGUCUCACCAAAAGUCGGUGACUAAUAAUCAGUUGCCUAAUCAAAGAGUGGCCCAGCAGCCGAAUAAACUACAGACGAGAGAUCCCGGUAUUGAUCAGAAUCCAACGAGCAGCUCGACUGAGAUGGAUAAAGUGACGACAUUGCCCCAGGCCAGAGACAGUGCAAGUGCUGCUCAGUGGCAGGGUUCGGAAGUGUUAUUGGAUCAAACCACUCUAAAUUCGGCCAAAAAUAUGAGUUCGGUGGGGUCAGUGCUUUCGAAAGCUAGUGGGUCUGCCACGCAAAACUCUCAGCAGCGCCAGAUGUUGCCGCAAUAUUCACAGCCACACGGGGAGGUUCUUCAAUCGGGAGACGGGAAUUUGGGUGGUGGGCCAGCAUUCGCUUCGGAUGUCAGUGUACAAGUGAAGCUUGUGGGCCGGAUUCGUGUUUGGCUAAGAUUAAAAGUUCUCUUGCAAAUCAUGAAGAGGGCACUGGGCAGUUCGAAUUUUGCGAAUAUUGUACAUUAGAACUUUGCUAGGGCUUUCGGGAUGAUAGAGGUAGAUGUGUACAGUGUCUCUCAUCUUGUUUUGUAGCUGCCCAUUCGUAUUCCUGCUCUGUUGAGGGCAUAUUUAGAGCUUUGCUUAGAUCAGUCUGUGUAUUGUGUUCCCUGUAUGUUAAGGGUUAGUUCUCAGCACAGUUAUGGCCAAAGGCUGUGGAUUUUUUUGUAAAUAUAUUCAUGUUAUCCUGUGUAUUCUCUCUGUUGAAUUUGUGAUCGUCCCAGCAUACUGAACCUCCUCAGCUAUUGUAAAUUGUUCAACCAGCAGUUCGUAAGAGUCUUGUUCUUGCUAGUUAUCAUCACACUUAGUCCUUGUUCACAUCGACCAGUG